GUCGCGCUUAUAAAUAGCGAUAACGAGCGAAUAAUAUCUCCACAGAUAAAGGGAAGAACAUGGGAGGAGGACAUCUUCACACAUACAAGCACGUGCCAUGCACGCACUUCAACCGUGUAUUUGCAAUUAUUUACACUUGUGCCAUCCUCUCUCUUCUCCACCACCAUUUCCUCACCCUCCUCCGCCACUCCACCACCGUUGUCUCCGCCACCAUCACCGCCUCUUUCUUAAUCUCCGACCUCAUCCUCGCCUUCAUGUGGGCCACCACCACCUCCUUCCGCCUCCGCCCCAUUCUCCGGGAAACCUACCCUGAAAAUCUAGAGGAAGUGGUCGACAGAACAGACUUUCCGGCCAUGGACAUAUUCAUAUGCACGGCGGAUCCCUACAAGGAGCCGCCCAUGAACGUGACGAACACGGCGUUGUCUCUUAUGGCUUAUGACUACCCACCGGAAAAGAUAUCUGUGUAUGUUUCCGACGACGGUGGGUCUGAGCUUACUCUCUUUGCGUUCAUGGAGGCUGCAAAGUUUGCCAAGAUUUGGCUUCCGUUUUGUCGGGAUAAUAACAUCAUGGAUAGAUGCCCAGAAGCGUAUUUUAGCUUGGACCGCCAUGCAAGGCCAGAGCCCGGGAGUGAGGAUAUUAAGGUGAUAUACGAGGGAAUGAAAAUAAGAGUUGAGAAUGUGGUCGAAAGAGGUGAAGUAUCCCCCGAAUACAUCACCACUGAACUACAACGGCAAGCUUUCAACAAGUACCGAACACCAGGGUUUAGUCGUUCACACCACCCACCUAUUAUUCAGGUAUUGACAGAGAGUGUGAAGGAAAAGGACAAAAUGGGAAAUUCAAUGCCAAAUCUGGUGUAUGUAUCCAGAGAAAAGAACAAGAACUCUCCACACCAUUUCAAAGCUGGUGCUCUCAAUUCUCUCCUUCGAGUAUCGGGAGUUAUGACCAACGCUCCUAUAGUUCUUACACAAGAUUGUGAUAUGUACUCAAAUGACCCUCAAACGCCAAAGAGGGCGUUGUGUUAUAUUUGUGAUCCGUUGGUACGACCUGAAUUGGGAUACGUUCAGUUCCCCCAACGAUAUCAUGGGCUCAACAAAGAUGACAUUUAUGGAGGUGAGUUUUUACGUUUAUUUGUAGCGAAUCCAGUCGGGACGGAUGGUUUGCAAGGCCCUUCUUAUGUCGGAAGUGGAUGUUUCUUCCUUCGUCGAGCUUUCUUUGGUGGCCCUACGUCGAAGGUGUCACCAGAAAUACAAGAAUUGCGACCUGACCAUGUGGUGGAGACGUCUUUUACAAUGCAACCGAUUAUGGAACUGGCCCACUAUGUAGCAGGAUGCAACUAUGAAAACAAUACCAAAUGGGGAUCUCAAUUGGGAUUUCAAUACGGGUCGCUUGUGGAAGACUAUUUCACCGGGUACCGAUUGCAAUGUGAAGGAUGGGAGUCUGUCUUUUGCCACCCAAGUAGACCAGCCUUUUUGGGCGAUAUUCCAAUCUCCCUCAUCGAUGCGAUCAGUCAAACAAGAAGAUGGGCUAUUGGACUUCUUGAGGUUGGGUUGUCGAAAUACGUUCCAGUUAUCUACGGGUCACGAUCCAUGGGCCCGAUUAUGGGCUUUUGUUAUGCACACUAUGCGUUUUGGGCCAUCUUAUCCAUUCCCAUCACACUAUACUCCUUUAUCCCUCAAAUUGCCCUUUUGAAUGGAUUAUACAUUUUCCCAAAGGUGACAGAUCCAUGGUUCUUGCUAUACGUUUUCCUGGUCUUUGGAGCAUACGUGCAAGAUUGUUAUGACUUCAUCUUAUUCGGUUCCACUUUUAAAAGAUGGUGGAACGAUCAAAGGAUAUGGCUAAUAAGGGGACUCUCGUCGUACUUGUUUGGACUUAUGGAUUUCACGAUCAAACAAUUAGGUAUACCUACACAAGGGUUCAAUGUGACGAGUAAAGUGCAAGAUGAUGAGCAAAGCAAACGAUAUGAUCAGGGUCUUAUUGAGUUUGGGGUCCAUUCGGAGAUGUUCGUACCAUUCACAACCGCAUCCAUUGUUAAUCUAUUUGCAUUCAUAUCAGGAUUAAUACGAAUUUCGAGCAAUGGGAACACACAAGAGUUGUUUAUGCAACUCGUUAUGGCUAGUUUUGGGGUAUUAAAUAGUUGGCCAAUUUAUGAAGCCAUGGUGGUAAGGAGUGAUAAAGGAAGGAUGCCGAUUAAGACCAUCAUUAGUUCAGUUUGUUUGGCAUUCGUUCUCUGCAGUGGAGCUUCGCUUAUACUAUAGCUUUCAAAACUGUUCUAUUAGGACAAACUGUAUAAAAAUAUGACAUACUUUGUUUUUAUUCCUAUUUUGGUUAACGUACUUUUAAAACCUUCAUUUUAAUAUCUGAGAUACGAUAUCUCAAGCAUUGAAUAGAUGAUAGUUAAUGAUUGAUGCA